CACAACGAGCUGUUUAUAGCGCACCGGGACAUCAAAUUAGACAACAUUUUGAUUAACAGUGAAAAUGAGGCCAAAUUGAGUGACUUUGGGUUCGCCCGCAAGGCUUGGGAUGAGAAGAAGAAAGAAGUUAUUCUUAGCGACACUUUCUGCGGAACCGAACCCUACUAUAGCCCACAACUGGUCCGGAGAGUCAGAUACGACGCCUAUAAGGCAGAUGUCUGGGCGAUGAGUAUAGCGUUAUUUGCGAUGCUUAACGACAGGUUUGUCUAUCAUUUCGGAAAGGGUGGCAAAAAGAUGUUAACAGAAAUGAACGACUCCGAGUAUUUGGACAAAAGAUAUUCCGAGAGGUGUGAUGUCAAUGAUAUCCUCAAGAGUUCAUGGAUUGUAAAGAAGUCCAAGUGUUGCUCAUAA